AUGCCUCCUCGCAUACCCCUCGCAGUCGGGCCGCCAGAGUUCCGGCUCAUGGCGCGCGCCGCCCGCGUGAGGACGCUCUAUCGUUCCGCGGUGGCAGGCGCUGCACCGAGCUCGACGCAGUCAGCACCGUUGCCUCCGGCUGCCGCGAUGCCACCCGCGUUUGCAGGUCUCGCUGCCGGACUGAGCGCGACGCAGCCAUGUUUCGGCGCGCACGGCGAGAGCGUCGAAAUGCUCGAGGGGCCGGUGGUAUUUCACGACCGCUUGCUUCAAAUGGUGCGCGGCGCGCAGCGCCGCAUCCUCAUCUCCACGCUGUACAUUGGGACUGAGGAGGAAUCUUUGGUGGACGCGGUGAACACGGCUCUGGCUGCGCGACCUGGGGUGCGCGCGACGUUCGUACUCGACUACAAUCGCGCCACGCGGCCGGGCAAGGGCACGCCGGCAAGCACGGUUGACAUGCUCAUGCCGCUGCUCGAGCGUUUCGGCGAUCGGGUCGAUGUGUGGCUCUACCGCUCGCCAAAGCUGCGUGGGUUGCUAGAGGCAAUCGUUCCACCGCGUUUCAACGAGGGCUGGGGUACUUGGCACGCAAAGUACUACGCUGUCGAUGACGAUGUCAUGCUCUCCGGCGCCAACCUCGCCGCAUCAUACUUUACCAACCGGCAAGAUCGGUACAUCCACCUAGCCUCACACCCCAGCCUGCUCAGCUACCUGAGCAGCAUUACCCGCUUGGUGUCCGACUACAGCUACAAGGUGGUUCCGAACGCACGACCGGGCGCGCUAGGGGAGCACGGCGUGCUCCUCAACCCUGGCUCGCCGCCCGUUCCUGUUGGCAAGCGUGGCGCUUUCACCGCCAGUGGACCAGGCGCAUUGUGGCGCGAGAGGUCUCUCUCUCCGCGCGGGUGGGCUGGACAUGCCAACGCGACGUUCGGUGCGUUCCAGCAGGCGUGGCGUGCAAGUAACGGGGUACGGACGCGCGACGCGGCGGCCAAGGGCGCCGAUACCUGGUUCUGGCCUGUGCUGCAGUCUGGCGUCCUCAACAUUGGGGAGGAGGAGCGCGCCAUGGCGGCCGUGUGGGCAGCAAUUCGACGGGCACAUGAGGCAGGCGAAAAGGUAGAGGUCGACCUGACGAGCGGGUAUUUCGGCCUGUAUGCCGCUUACAAACGGUCUGUCGUAGACUCUCCUGCCCCGGUGCGCGUCAUUGCUGCAUCGCCAAAAGCAAACGGCUUCUACGGGUCAAGGGGCGCUUCCAAUCUCAUCCCGGAGGGAUACACGCUCCUCGAGAAACGGUUCUACGCAGACGCAGCCAAGAACGGGCGCGUCGGAGCUGGCGGCGUGCGUCUGCAGGAGUGGGAGCGCGAGGGUUGGACAUACCAUGCAAAGGGAAUGUGGGUGUCCGAGGCGGAGGAGGGUGAGACGUCUGAGCAGGCAGUCGAGCACCCCUUCUUAACUUUCAUCGGUUCAUCGAACCUCUCGACACGCUCUCUGCAACUCGACACGGAGCUGUCGCUCCUGUUGGCCACGAGCAACAAGUCUUUACGGUCCGCGCUCGGACACGAGCUGGCGACAUUGCGUGAGCACGCGCACGAUGUUGGACCAGCGACAUGGGCAACGCCCGAACGGCGGGUGAGCCUGGCAAGUCGAGUGCUCGUCGCACUCGGGGUUGAGGGCAUGUUGUAG